AUGCCAGCUGUCAACCAGAUGUUGAAGAAGCGCCCGGCAAGUCGCCGGACCGAUGCCGCCCGUGGAGCUGAGAGAACGAAUCCUGAUGAUGUGUGGCCCAAGCUUGGGAAGAAUGUGGUCGAUCGCUUGAAACGUCACGAGCUGCCAGGAGACAGCCUUGUGUCCCUCCGCUUCGCAGCGAAGACGAACUUUAGUGCGUUCAUCUUUUUGCCCUCGAUGCUGCUAACAAUCCUGGGAGAGUCUGUUGUUCUCAAUUUCGAAACGGCCGCGGUAUUGGACAGCAAAGGGAAGCCCUCUUGCGUUUGGGGCAAUGUGGCAGAAGAUUUCUUUACAGGAAGGAAAUACUGCCCCGCAAUCGCGGGGUUCAGUCCAUGGACUUGGAGUGUAGGCUGGUAUGGCACGUUCAUCAUCACAUGUGCUUUCGCUUACUACAAGGGCCGCGGCAUAAGAGCACGGUGCCCGUCAUCUCCUGACCGCGACUCUUCCGCCUUCUGCUACUUCCUUGAUUGCACCCGAGCACGCUACACGGAUCGGCACCUUCUUGCUUGGUUCAUACUGGUGACGCUGUGUUUCUUCAACUCCAUUGGCAUCCGGCUGGUGUCCACGUCCCAUGGGAAGGACAUCUCGAAUGCUUGUGUCCGUUAUGGCGACUGGGCUGGUUGGACGAUCAUCCUUUUUGGCUUGUACACUUUCUACUCCGCGGCGUUGAUGGAUCAGGGAACUGUUGGCUGGCGUGCCAAAAAUGAGCAGGAGAUGAUCAUGGAUCCGGUCCUUGCUGCCGCUGUGAAGUUGAAGGCGCUGGUGCGGAAGCAGAUGCAGCAGAGCCGGGAGAAGCAGCUCAACACCCACUCGGUUCUCGACAAGUUCGUGUUAAAGCCGUUUUGUCUUUGUAAGCUGUUUUGUCUUCGUGUUGGACAGAGUGCGGCCGCUUUGGUUCGUGCCUGUCAGACAGGGGAGGGGGACGAGAAAGCUGAGCCAGAUUCUACGUCUGAGGACGAGGCAAGUGAAGAAAGUCCUUGGGACUUUUGUGAGACAUUUCAGCAGGAUGUGGAAGACAUCUUCAAAAAUGCGUUGGCCUUUGAGCACUGGCAGAAGCACGAGACUACGUUGUUCUAUGCUCAAGAUGCUCUUAUGUGUGAAAGAGCCAACGUAAGGUUGCGAAUGAGAGCCGGCACAAUUCCAGCAGGAGAGGAUCCAUUGUUGAAACGGCUGGACCAGAUUGAGAAUUCAGUCAAGACAUGGAGUGGCCAGCGCAAGCCCAUUGAAAUCAUGGAAGAGUACAAAUUUUGCACUUACCUCAAGGGUAUCAAGAAUGGUGCACUAGUCCGGUCGAGAACACAAGGGGGCCAUUGUGUAGGAAUUGGUCCCAUCGUCAUUGGCUUCUUCCUGGGGCUGAUGUGGUUCUACCUUUUCACAUUCACACCCCAAGGAGACUCCUAUGCCUGGAUCUAUGCCUGGCUCUACUAUGGGGAAGACAUAGAACGUGUUGUACAGUACCGGUGCACGGCAACCAAUUCUACGGCAAAGCCCAGUCCAUGGUGCGAUGCAACCGACUACCUUCUGAUCUCACGGUUGAGUGUGCGCUACAAUGAGAUUGGAGUGGUCGUGGCAGCUGCUUCCAAAGCCUUAAUCCUCGGGAUGUGUGGAGGCAUGUGGGCAAUCAAUGUUUCCAAGACGCUGACGGGCCUGCAGCAGGCUACACAUCCCAUGCACAUCCUGGACGCAAUCCUUGCAUGGUGGGCCAGGGCAGGCAACACGUCCACCUGCCACGUGCAUGUGUGGAAGCUAGCAAGAGAUUCGAUCCUUCAUAGCGAUGUCAAGAACAUCCUUGCCAGAUACGAGAAGGUUGUGCUUGGGUACGUUGGUUUUGCCUUUUGGUUGAUGACAGACUCUACCGUCCAGAUUGCUAUCCUCAACAAUCCUCCAAACGUGAUGGCGCUGUACUUUCUUGUGCUGAUGUGUGGCUGCACAUUACUGUGCCUAUACCAAGCCACAGAGGUGCACUAUAGCCAGCUCCGGCACAUCCAAACCUUGCAACGCUUGAAGGAGUCGACCUACGUCUACGGUGAGAGGCCGGACCUCAUACAUCAACGCGACUUGAUCGAUCAAAUGAUCACAAGGAUGUCCAACGGAGGAGACUAUCAAACCAGGCUCCUCUACAUUCCUUUGAACCCGACCUUUCAGAAGGCGGUUGGUGUAUACUUUUUUACAGCAUGUGUGUCUGUUGUUACACGACUCUCUCUCGGCGGAGGGAACAUUGAAAGGUCCCUCGGAGCUUUCGAAACACUGGCAAAUGCCACUGCUCAGAAUUAG